GGUCUGACCAGUUUAUCGACUAUGACCGUGAAGCCGUUUGUCUGGCUGGCGUUGUCUGCCUGAAAGAGGGAGAUUUGUCGCUGUCUAUCAUGGACGACUUGGUUCCCUACUACCGAGCAAAGUGCAUAAAGACAGAGAUUCUUCCCAUAAGCAGCCGCGCCUUGCACGAUUCCAGUUUUCUGCAUGGUGCAGAGGUGAAAGAGAACCACGACGACUCUUCAGGCAACACGGUCAAGGUCGUUCGGAAAAGCCGAGGCCUACAAAUGUUAGAGGAGAAGCAAGCGCAGGUCGUAGCAGAGGCCUUUGACAUCGCAAUGCGGUAUUACAAGGACAAGGAGCUUUUUUACCGGGAAUUCUUUAGCGACCCGGAUCGUCGAGUCUACAAACAAUUAGGCAUUCCGAAUGACCACGAGGGGUCGUAUCAGAAACGGAAGGAGAUAGACGCAGGAGUGCUUGGAACUGUUGGAGGUGGCGCUGCUAGGAGAAGGAGUAGUAGUCAUGGACAACAGAGGAGUUCAAGCC